GAGGAGGAGGAAGAGACCCUGGCUUACAAGCCAGCGCGAUGUCGCUGCCUUAUCGUGGCGACACGUUCCUCAGCGUGACGACCCUGGCUCCCACCUCUGCAAGCCACUACCAUCGCGGCGCUGCACAUGAACUUCAGGCGGCGUGGCAGCCUGCGCAGCUCGAGCAAGGGCACCCACUCCCAGCCUACACGGUUGCCGCACACGCCGGCGUGCGGCCGCUGCUGGCUCCGCAGGCCCCUCCGCCGCAGCACGCCCUGCCCCUGGCGCCGGGGCCCCGCACCCCCGUGCUGCAGCCGCGGCAGGCCGUGGCAGGCCCGCACGUGCCGUGGGCGGUCGCGGUCGCGCCGCCUCCGCACCACCUCCCCGUGCAGGCAGGCGCGCCCGCCGCCGUGCCCGCCGCCGCGCCGCAGCUCCCGCCGAGGCCGCGGCCCGUGGAGGCCCCGCCAGAGCCGCCGCCCAGCCUGCUCGUGGGGUUUCCGACCCCGGAGAGCAUCAGGAUCCAGGAGGCAGGCCACGAGCAGAGGCUCGAUGACCAGUACAGCCUGGACCGGCGGCGGCUGGAGCAGGCGCACCGGGCACAGCUUGAGCUCCUCCGCGAGCGCGUCAGGCACCAGGAGCAGGCCGCCCAUGCUGCCAUCGAGAAGCAGGCCUUGGAGGCAGAGCAGAUGCUCAGGGCGUGCUCUUCCGAGAACAAGUGCCAGCUGGAGCAGGAGGCCGCCCGCAGGAGGUCGCUCAUUGACCAGCAGGCCGACGCCAUGGCGGUGGAGUACACCACCCGCAAGGCGCAGGAGGAGCUGCAGGCCCAGAUGUACGAGCUGAAGAGGCGACAGCUCGGUCUCUCCCUCGGCCUAGCCGAUGAGAGCUGCGGCCCCUGGGGCCCAGAGCCCCACGCCGCUGGCGGCCAGUCCGCGGAGGGGGGCCAGUCGAAGGCCAUCGAGCAGAGCGCUGCCGCCGCAGCUCGGCCCCUCUCCCGGGAGCCGUCCGCGGCACAGCGAGCUGCGUCCGGCCUGCCCAGCGUGCGCGGCGCGCUGCAGCCGCCCUCGGCGGAGCAGGGGUCGUGCAUGCCGCCCCCAGCGCAGCCCGUGGCGCCCGAGAUGGCGGCGGAGUGGGAGCAGCAGCAGCUGGAGCAGCUGCAGCACAUG